CCGUUGAAGCGGACGGCGGCCCCUUGACACGCCGAGCGGAAGGCCGGUCUCCGCCUGGCACUUCUCAGGAGCUAAGUCGUUCCUGGCGGCGCCAUGCGUCCGGAGAGGGCCCUGGUUUGGUACCAGCGGAUGUCUGUGGUCUACGGUUUGGGCGCCUGGACCCUGCUUGGUUCAUUAUUCCUCUGGAGUCAGAAAAAGAACAAGCUGCCAGGUGGUGAAGUUGAGAAUAUGUCAAAAGUUGAACUAUCUGAGGCCCCGAAAGGGUUUUAUGUGGAAACGGUUGUCACCUAUAAAGAAGAUUUUGUUCCCAUUACUUCGAGGAUUGUCAACUAUUUGAAAUCCUGGACUGGUGGCCCUGGACCCAAAUCAUGAUUGACUGCUGAAUUCUGAAAACAAGACUUUAGUUCAGCAUAUAAAGUUGAUGGAUACCUUGACGCCCACUUUUUGUUGGUGAAAAGUGUAUAUAUUUAGUUUAAUUUUGCUGUAAAAUAGAAUCACUAAUAAUAUGCAGUAAAUAUUUCCUUGAGGAAAAGUAAA